GAAAAAAUUUGGAACACGGUCUAAAAAAAGAGGGAUUGCUUGCGUUUGUAAGAGAAUUGGAUGGAAAUGAUAACGACUCAAUUGAUAAUUACUUAAGGGAUGCCAGUAUGUACGCACGAGUGGUUAUUUUAAGUGUCCGAGGGCCUCUUGUACGCAAAUUUAUGAUAGCUGCGCAUGGCUUGGACAUGACCAAAGGAGAUUAUACAUUUUUGGACGUAGAAAUCUUUCCGGGAUCUUAUUGGGGCGACCAUGACUGGGAAACAGGAGAUGAACAAGACGCAACCGCUAGAAAAGCCUACGAAGCUCUUUUAAGGGUUUCUUUACUUCAGCCUGCAAAUGACGAUUUUCAAAUCUUCGCUGAAAAGGUCAAGGAAAGAUCCCUGAGGGACUACAAUUACAGUAUUAGUGAUGGGGAAGAGAAUAUUCAUUACUAUUGCUGUAACCAACUGCAGCGCAGAAAGGUCGUUUUCCUGUUUAAAAAGGAUAAAAAACUAUUUGCGUUCCACGAUGACAGAGGAUCGCCUCAACAGCUCAGCAAUUUUGAGAAUUGA